CGAGACCGCAAGUAUUCCGCUUGGAAUAUGAAAUUGUCAAAAGCGCCGUAUUGCACUGAUCGAUUUCUUAUUCGAUGAUCACUCCACGGCGGAGUCGAAACCGGGCAGCAUGCCGGCGUUGUCAGAGACGCAAGAUUCGCUGCAACGGCGAAACUCCGAGUUGCGGAGCCUGUAUAAAGGCCAAUGUACCAUGCGUUAAUGAUGGCAAGCAGGAAGUCAAUCGCACGUAUAUUGCAAACUUGCAGAGGCGUGUUCAGUGGCUCGAGUCUCUAGUCCGCGAGCAAAGGACUGAUGUCUCCUUGGAAGAUGGGCCCACACUUGAUUCUAAUGAGUAUCCAAAUGAAGGAUCUAUCAAUCUUGGGGGUAGUAGUCAAAAUGCUGUGGUGAUGACAUCCUCCCAGCAAGAUACUACACCCGUCCCAAUUGAAAAUCCGCAACAAUCCCGCACGGAGCCAAGACAGGCACACGAAAUUGGCCUAGUCUCUCUUUCCUCUGGUGGACACGCACGAUAUAUCGGUCCUUCGAGUGGUUACUUUCUUGCCAGUGUUGUCUUCUCCAAUGCUGGUCGAUGGUCAAGACCACGGGGGAACUGCAGUGUAGACGAGCCAAUCUCGCUGUCUGCAGAGCUAUUCAACACCCCCGCCUCAUUACCCUCUCGAAAGGACGAUGCGAUCGAGCUCUCUUCAAAAUAUUUCUCUUCAUUCCAUCUUCCCUAUCCAUUCCUCCAUGAGCAAUCCCAUAUGCAGCGCCUAGAAAGGAUGUACACGGGAGAGUCGACAGCAAAGCCCGAUCCAUCAGACGCUUUCCAUGUCUAUAUGGUACUCGCAAUAGCCGCUUCCGAUCUCUCGCGACGGUUCAGACUUCGUCUGCCAGCAGAGGGAUACUAUACUGCUGCAACGCAAUAUUUUGAAAGUGCCUGCGCAGACGGUUCACUUGAGAGCCUUCAGAGUCAACUGCUUCUCAUGGUCUAUGCCCUACAUAACCCUUCUUGCGGAGUGAAUAUCUGGAGCUUGAAUUACCAGUGCCUGGGCGCACUAAUUGAUCUCGGUCUCCAGCGGGAUGUGCGCACCUCGUCUUCUUUUCACAUUUCUUUUCUGGAACAAGAGAUGAGAACGAGAAUCUUUUGGGUGGUGUACAGUUUUGACCGAACUUUGGGCACCAUGAUGGGGCGGCCGAUCGGAAUUAGAGAUGAAGCAUGUGAGCUUCGAUUCCCUGCGAAUGUUGCGGAUGCACACCUCGCCGAUCCCGUUUCAGGCGAGCGAUCUCACAAUGAUGUACCUUCUCACAUCACGUACUCGAUUCACUUGUUCAGAUUAGCGCAACUCAAUUCCGAAAUCAAAUAUGUCAUGCAUAGUAUCUGUCGAGAUCCUCCCAAAUACGCAUAUCCACCAGUCCCCGACAUUCAUCAAUGGCAAAGUGACAUGAUAGAUCGGCUGAAAUCAUGGUACACACAAAUCCCCCGUACGGCCAACAUGGCAUCCAUCGCCAAAAUCUGCGAAACCAGAUAUCACGAGAUGAUGAUCUUGGUUCUAAGACCAAGCCCUGGGAUCCCUGACCCGUCGGAAGAAUUGUUGGCGCAAUGCUUCCAACACGCAGUCGAACUACUCCGUGACUUUGGCGAGCUGUACAGGCAAGAGUCGCUGCUUUAUAGCAGACUAAUCGUGCAUUCAAUAUUUCUCAGCACGCUGAUUAUGCUUCACUGCCUUUGGAGGCUACCUCGGGUCGCAUCAACUGUUCAAAUUGAUGACCUGGUAGCUGACACUGGUAUCGGGUUGGAUAUCCUCAGCAGUAUCGGGGAAUAUUGGACCGAAGCUAGGAGGGCAAGAGACUGCAUUCAUGAGCUAUCGGGCGCUACAGUGCAGCGUCUGCUUCGGUUACGUACCCUGGAAGUAUCACCACGGCCAGCCCGAACCCAGUCUGUCGCAGGCGCUACGAGGCAUACGCGAUCUCACAAUUCCAACACGGCACCGACUUCGGCAGUGUCGGAGCAGGUAGACUCUGCGAUCGACAUUGGCCCCUCGAUGGGCUCAUUUGCGGACGAGUAUGACUUCAACCUUGAAGGUUCAAGUUGGUUGAAUGAUACAAUGCCUGGUGGCUUGAUGGGUUUCCCUGGGGCGCCCGAUUUCGAUAGUAUCAUUCAACAGUAUUUAGAUCCAAACGCAGUGAUGUGGAACUAGAAACAUAUCGUGCUGGGUGGGCUGGAGAUUUGGGAAGUGGUUAUUCGGUGAUUGCUAUUGAAUCGAAUGUGAUCUUUUAGCUCCUUUCUUUUCAUCCGAGUGUAGGUAUGGGUGGCCCUUCUUGAAUUUGAACCAGUGUAUUGUCAAAUCGGCCAGGCGACCUAGUACGUAAUUGAUUGCAGCCAUGGGUGUAUACCGGGGAUCCAUCGGGUACGGG